GCGGCGACGCGGGGUUGACAGGCGCAGAUGGCGGCGGCGCAGGGCUCCUGAGCCGGAGGCGGCCAUGAGCGCCGCCCGGCCCCAGUUCAGCAUCGAUGACGCCUUCGAGCUGUCCCUGGAGGACGCGGGUCCCGGGCCCGAGUCCAGCGGGGUCGCCCGCUUCGGGCCGCUGCACUUCGAGCGCCGGGCCCGGUUCGAGGUUGCCGACGAGGACAAGCAGUCCCGGCUGCGCUACCAGAACCUGGAGAAUGAUGAGGAUGGAGCCCAGGCCUCGCCAGAACCGGAUGGGGGAGUCAGCACCAGGGAUUCUGGCGGAACAUCUAUGCGCAGCUCCCAGUGGUCCUUUAGCACCAUCAGCAACAGCACCCAGCACACCUACCAUUCCUGCUGCAGCUGGACCAAACAUCCUUUGAUCCAGAAGAACCUCCGGGUUGUGCUGGCCUCCUUCCUGCUCCUGCUGCUGGGGACAGCGCUGAUCCUGGUCGGCGUGGGACUGGAGGCGGCCCCCUCGCCAGGUGUCUCCAGCGCCAUCUUCUUCGUGCCAGGCUUCCUGCUGCUGGUCCCAGGAGUCUACCACGUGAUCUUCAUCUACUGCGCCGUCAAAGGCCACCGGGGCUUCCAGUUCUUCUACCUGCCCUACUUCGAGAAGUGAGCCGCUGGCGGGACUGUCGAUGCCUGCGAUUCGAGGCCGGGCCGCCGCCUCGCGUGCGCGGAGGCUACUCCGACCUGUGCGCCUCUUCUCAAGGGAAGAGGUCCUCUGGGACCCUCCCAACCCCAGACCCCCAGGAGUUUGCUCAGGAAGUGUGGGGCGCGCAGGCCUGGGCCUAGGAACGCCACCCCUUGCCUGCUUUGUGCCUUAACUUAUUCUCAGGCCCUGGAGUGUUGAGUCGAUGUUAUUUUGUGCUAAUAAAAGGAUCAUUAAUUCCA